ACUAUUUUUGCAGUGGCUACAGUCUUCUUGAGCUCACAAAGAGCCGUUGUGAUAAAAAGUGUAUUUGCCUAAUAAAGAGAAAGCACAUUUCUUGAGGUAAAUAAAGAGAAGAAGAAGAUUCAUAGAGGCAAAGUUGGUGUGGAGAAAGUAGAAUGGCAAGAGGAUUUAGUAUCAUAUUUGCAGCUUCUGUGCUCUUAGUGAUUCUUGGCAUUUGCAGAGCAAGCAGAGUUGGAAUUUGCUAUGGACGAAAUGCCGAUGAUCUUCCUACGCCUGAAAAAGCUGUGCAGCUCAUUCAAAUGCACAACAUCAAAUAUGUAAGGAUAUACGACUCAAAUAUUCAGGUCCUCAAGGCCUUUGCGAAUACUGGAAUUGAGCUUAUGAUUGGAAUUCCAAACUCAGACUUGCUGGCGUUUUCUCAAUUUGAGUCUAAUGCCAAUACAUGGUUAAAAAAUAGCAUACUUCCUUACUAUCCAGCCACGAAAAUCACUUACAUAACCGUUGGUGCUGAACUCACGGAAGCCCCUAAUACUACAGCUGCUCUGGUGGUACCUGCAAUGCAAAAUGUGUUUACAGCUUUGAAAAAAGCUGGUCUUCAUAGGAGGAUUAAAGUCUCUAGUACCCAUUCAUUGGGUGUAUUAUCCCGAUCAUUCCCACCUUCUGCAGGGGCAUUUAACAGUAGUCACGCCUCUUUUCUAAAACCGAUGUUGGAAUUCCUUGCAGAGAAUCAGUCACCUUUUAUGAUUGACUUAUAUCCGUAUUAUGCAUAUAGAGAUUCUUCUACCAAUGUGUCCCUAGAUUAUGCUCUAUUUGAGGCAUCCUCUGAAGUGAUUGAUCCCAACACUGGUCUACUUUAUACGAACAUGUUCGAUGCUCAACUUGAUGCUAUUAACUAUGCUUUAAUGGCUCUAAAUUUCAAAACAGUUAAUAUCAUGGUCACUGAGACAGGCUGGCCAUCUAAAGGAUCACCAAAAGAGACAGCUGCAACACCAGAUAAUGCACAGACUUACAACACAAAUUUGAUACGACAUGUUAUCAACAAUACUGGAACUCCUGCGAAGCCAGGAGGAGCAGUUGAUGUUUAUGUUUUCUCAUUGUUCAAUGAGAACAGGAAGCCUGGUUUAGAAUCUGAGAGGAACUGGGGUUUAUUUUUCCCAGACCAGACAAGUGUAUAUAACCUUGAUUUUACCGGUAAGGGUGUUGUAGACAUGACUGCAGGUGGAAACAAUACCGGUUCAAAUGGAACGUGGUGCAUUGCCUCAUCUUCUGCAUCUGAAGCUGAACUUCAGAAUGCCUUGAGUUGGGCUUGUGGUUCUGGAAAUGUAGACUGCUCCGCUAUACAACCUAGCCAGCCUUGUUUCGAGCCUGAUAACUUUGCAUCACAUGCUUCUUUUGCGUUCAACAGUUACUACCAGCAAAAUGGAGCUACUGACAUUGCUUGCACUUUUGGAGGAGUUGGCGUUAGAACAAACAAGAAUCCAAGUUAUGAUAACUGUCUCUAUGCGACAACUGGGGGUAAAAAAGCUAUCGUUAAUAAUACAACCGUUGGUCCUUCCAAGUCUUCAUCAUCAUCCCCUCAAAGGGGUUAUUGGUGGACUCAACAUCUACUUGUGGCUUUUCCUUUGUUCUUUCUGGUACUCUUCUGAACAUGUCUCGGAUGAAUAGAACGAUGCCUAUUCUGGAAUGAAAAAAUGUAAAAGCAGGAUAAUGCUAGGUGAUAUAAGUUUCCCUUGAGAAGGCUCAAAUGUGUUGGAGCCAAGGAUGCUUGGGUUAUUGAUGCAGAUAUCAUCUAUACUGCACAAAUUUUGUAUGAUAGCCAAGGUAGAGAUCCUUGGUAGAUGUAAAAUAGAAGAUAUUUCCAGUCAUUCAAACUGUGGAAACAUUUGUAAUCCAUCUUGUUUGUGAUUGGCUAGCAAACUUGGUACUAAUUCAUUUUAGUUAAAUCUUUGUAAUGAAGUUUUCACAAACUUUUCUCA